AUGGAUGUGGAGAACCAGACACGGGUCACCAAGUUCAUUCUGGUGGGGUUUCCUGGGAGCCUGAGCAUGAGAACAGCUGUGUUCCUGAUGUUUCUUGUGGCUUAUAUUCUGACUGUAGCUGAAAACGUGAUCAUCAUCCUACUGGUGCAGCAGAACCGGCCACUACACAAGCCGAUGUACUUCUUCCUUGCCAACCUGUCUUUCUUGGAGACCUGGUACAUCUCUGUGACUGUGCCCAAGCUGCUAUUCAGUUUCUGGUCUAUGAGUAACAGCAUCUCCUUCACUCACUGUAUGAUACAGCUUUACUUCUUCAUUGCACUUAUGUGUACGGAAUGCGUUCUCCUAGCUGCGAUGGCCUAUGACCGUUAUGUGGCUAUUUGCCGCCCAUUGCACUACCCUACUAUCAUGAGCCAUGGGCUUUGUUUCCGCCUGGCUCUUGGUUCCUGGAUCAUUGGCUUUGGCAUCUCUUUGGCAAAGAUCUACUUCAUCUCUCGCCUCAGCUUCUGUGGCCCCAAUGUCAUCAACCACUUCUUCUGUGACAUCUCUCCAGUUCUUAAUCUCUCCUGCACAGACAUGUCCAUAGCCGAGUUGGUGGACUUCGUCUUGGCUCUGGUCAUCUUCCUCUUCCCACUAUCAAUCACUGCUUUAUCAUAUGGAUGCAUUCUGGCCACUGUGUUACGUAUGCCAACAGGAAAGCAGAAAGCCUUUUCCACCUGUGCUUCCCAUCUCGUGGUGGUUACCAUCUUCUACUCAGCCACUAUUUUUAUGUAUGCCCGACCCCGAGCUAUCCAUGCCUUCAACAUGAACAAAGUUAUUUCUAUCUUCUAUGCCAUUGUGACUCCAGCCCUCAAUCCUUUCAUUUACUGCCUAAGGAACCGAGAGGUCAAAGAAGCUCUAAAGAAAUUGAUCUAUUGUCAGGCCAUCCAAUCUGGCUAG